AUGGUAGACAAUGGCAUGGAUGAUGGAAUCGUUGAAUCCCUCAACAAAGUAUUGGGAAUUGUGGUAAACGCGCGAAAAGCAGUCGGCGCCAUAGACAAGUUAGAUUUGCCCGUCGAGCUUGAUAAUAGUCCGCUUUCUAUGCUCGAUUCUAUAGGAGAAAUGAUUCAUCAAUAUACCACGAAGCUCUCGAUUGCUGCAAGACCCCCAAUCACCAAAGAUGCGUUGGAAAAAUACUCAAAUGAUAUGUCCAACAUGGUUUCGCCUUUGAUUGCUACUCUGCAGAUUUAUACUGUUGAGAAAUAUGGAAAAAUUGUUUAUGAACGUUUAAAGAUGCAUGUAGAACGGAUUUUAUUGGGAAUAGAAUGCUUGCUGAGAAGUGUUUCACCAAAACCUUUAGCACACGUUACAGAGGCUUGGAAAACUCGAGGACGUUUAGUUACUACUGGAAUGUUGUGGGAAUCUUGCGAAAAACUCCAAAAACUAGGAAGAGAAGGUGCCUUGGGUUAUGUACUUGAAGAAUGGGAAAACUUUGUAUCCAUGUUGGAGGACGCCGUGAGCGACAUGGAAGACUGGAAAGCAGGAGAGAGCUCCAAUUGGGAUAGUUUUGGCAGUGAAGAUGAAGAUGAGAAAGAGGGGCAGGAGGAAGAAGAAAACUUAACCUCUGAAAAGCGGACUCAAGGACAAGCUGAAUUUGCAAAACAAUUGUUAAGGCAGUUGAAUGCAUGCAAAAUUUUGUUUAUUUCUAUAAAGAAGCACAGAUUACCGAAAACGGCUUCCUUCCUCUACUUGGAUGAUUUGUACGAAAAAAUGAAGCACACUUCAGAAGCAAUAGACGAAGUAGUCGGGCAGGUUCAAGAAGACUUUGAUAAUACCAAAGAUGAGUUAGAUUUGCUUGCUUCUUGCGGAAGAGAACUUGCUCAGACUUGUAUUUCUGAGUUCGAUACAGAUUCUUCUACUCCAUGGUAUACAAAAUGGUUAGAAAACUGGGACCAAUCUUGGAAAUAG